CCAGACGAGAACGACGAGUACUUGCAUAUGGCCGAAAGAACUUCCCGCGAGUGCCUAGAAUAUUUUUGUGACACGGUUUGCAAAAUAUAUGGUCCAGAGUUCUUACGUAGACCGACAAGCCACGACAUGGCACUUUUAUACCAAGCUCAUGAGGAAAAACAUCACCUUCCAGGUAUGUUCGGUAGCCUUGAUUGCACCCAUUUCGUUUGGCGUUUUUGUCCGACAGAGAAAUUCAAGAGGCAACAUGAGGCGGCAAGAAAAGACGUCGAACGGGCUUUUGGUGUUUUGAAGGGGAAAUGGGGUGUAUUGAGUCGACCGAUGCGAGCAAGAUCGGUUAAAAAAAUUAGGAAUGUCGUGUACACGUGUAUUAUUUUACACAACAUGAUUUUGAAAGAUGAUGGAAAGGCGAUAGCACCGGUGCACAUUCGGGAUCCUCCGGUCGAGCCGGCUCUAGACGAUACGGUGCUGGGCGAGUUGAUCAAUGAAGACACCCAUUGGAGACUCAAACACGAUCUCAUAGAUCAUCUCGCAAGUCAAGAUUUACCCCAUCUUUUGGCCGAUUCCGACGAAGACUAGU